UGUGUACGUGCGUUCGCGACAGAGUGUGCGACGAGGUAUUUUCGGACCGCCGUCCAUCGCAAUUUAAACGAAUUUUACAUCUCCAAACCGAAUCAGUUUCUGCUGUGUUUCCGUUAAACAAUGUUGUAGUAACCAUGAUAAAACACUGACUUUGUGUGCGUUGAGUUCAAUAGCCGUCAUCCGAAAAUAGAGCAAGACUCCAAAAUGAAUCUGACAUAGUACUGCGUAUCGAAAAUGGUGCUCCUGAAUAUCUGUUUACCCCUGACUAUACUCUCACUGGUCCUGCAAAAUGAAGCGAAAGAAGCGGUUAAAAAACCGCCAGUAAACACCAUCACUAUAGGCACCGUAAACAGUGAAAACAGUGAAGACAUUUUCGACAGCGAUUAUUACGAGACCAAGAGGUCGAGGACCAGGAGGAAAGCCCCAGAUCGGGGGGGUUUUGCCAACAUCAGGAAGAAGCUGAACGAGGAGAAGCGCAGGGAGGAAUUGAUGGCUUCGGACGCGAAUCCCAGGUUGGAGCCCAACUACACAGGGGGGCUUGCAAGACUCAGAGACUUCGAAGGAAUCGACACCGAACAAAAGUACAACAAGAAGCAGGACAAGAUCUACAUUUUGAAGCAGCAGCAACUGCUGCGCGAAAGACUCAGAGACCCAGUGCAAACUGGCGUCGAUUGCGACUUCGAGACCGAGUGCACUUGGACGUGGAGAAAAGACAUCGCCCACGGGUUUUACAUCACCUCCCCUGAUAAGAUACAGCCGGGCGAAACUGGCCCCAAAACUGACGCUACCAACAACACUCAUGGUAGCUUCCUCAUCAUCCGGCUGCCAUUAAAAUCAACCGAAUUCCACCUGACAAGCCCUUCCUUCCAACCGAGCAUCUCAACAUGCAAACUGAGCUUCUGGUUGUAUCAAGAAGGCAUGGAUGGAGGGGAAAUAAAAAUCGUCGGUGACAAAAUCAGCAACCACCUACAGUCCAUCAACAAUCACACUCAGUGGUUGGUGGAGACCAUAGAGGGGAAUGAUUCCAAAAGGUGGAAAUUGUACACAAAGUCUGUCGGAAGGAUAUCGGAAAAUUUCCAGAUUAUCCUGGAAGUGGUACCGGCGACAACAAACUUCAAAUUGGGCGCUACCAUUGGGAUAGACAACCUACAGUUGUCACAUUGCUACAACAAAUUUGAUGGUGUUUGUACACCUUCGCAGUACAAGUGCAAAUCGGUAACACCACACUGCAUAAACGCCACCAGUGUUUGUGACAUCACCAAAGAUUGUGAGCAUGGGGAUGAUGAAUCACAAAGUUGCGAUCAUAUGCCUUUUGGUUCGCGUUGCAACUUCGAGCAGGAUUGGUGCGGUUGGCAUAAUACAGACGUUAAAAUUCUAGAAUGGACAAGACAUAACGGUUCCACCCCCACAAACUUCACAGGCCCCAAUUUCGACCACACCUAUCAGAACGCGUCGGGAAAUUAUCUUUACGUUAACAUGCUUAAGGAAAGAGCCACUAUGGCCAGCAGAGCCAUUUUGAAGAGUAUGGUUUUUAACCCACCCCCUCGAGUCCAUGGAAACAGUUCUUCUGGAUAUUACAACUCUUGUACAAUUCGGAUGUAUAUGCACAAGACAGGCAAGCACAAAAGCGCCCUUCUAAUUCAAGUAACAGAAAUCCAACCCAACGAUAACGUAACCACUGAGUUACUGUGGACAUACAAUGAAGAUCACGGUGAUAGAUGGGUCAGGCAAGUCGUCAUAGUACCGAAUGUUACCCAAAGAUACUUCGUCACUGUAACAGCCAAAAAGGGUUACCGAUACAUCAGCGAUAUAGCUAUAGAUGAUGUGUCCUUGAGCCCUGAAUGUUUCGGGUUGAAUAUUCCGGCUUCGGAGCUAGGAGACUAUAGCUAUUGGAAUCCUGUGGAUUUGGAUGCGGCUAAUAGAGAACCCCACAGGGAUUUUGUAAACGUGACGAGUUAUAAGCUCACAACUUGCAACAACAAGGGUCGAUUCGGUCCGAAUAAAGACCAAUGCCAAAAAGCUUACAAUAGCACCAAUAUAAGUAUAAAGGUGGUGCAUGAAGCUGGUUUGACGGGGGUACAGAAGUGGAUUGUACCUAGUGAUGGAUACUACACGUUUAUUUUGGCAGGAGCUAGCGGUGGUAAGGGUAGUAGUGCUAUGGGUUCAUCCAGAGGUGCUUUAGUUAGAACUGUGCUAGAGUUAAGGAAACACCAAGAAGUAUUUAUUCUUGUUGGGCAGGAGGGAAACAGUGCUUGUUAUAAGAGCCUCGACCGUAGAGGAAACUCAUCCUGUUAUUCCGAUAGAAACAUAACGUCUACAGGGAUAAGAGCUGUUUAUAAUUUGGACAUAAACGACAGUGGUGGAGGAGGAGGGGGAGGAACCUUUAUUUUCUUGAAAAAUCGAAGCAGUCAUAAAAUGCCCCUUGCCAUUGCUGGUGGUGGUGGUGGGUUGGGUUUGGGUCGAUUUAUUGACAAUGGUAAACAACAUGGACAAGACAUAAACACCUCAAGACCACCUGUUACAGGGAAAAUGUAUGGAGUAAAAUCAUCAGGGGCCGGCGGUGGUUGGAGAAUGUUUGAAGGGCUUGUGGACCCGGCCCAUAAACAAAUGAUGGGCAGUUCUUUGACCCAAGGUGGCGGUAUUGGAGGGAAAGCAUGUUACAACUCCACCGAUGAACGUGGAGACGGUGGAUUCGGAGGUGGAGGCGGCGGUUGCAGAUAUGGAGGGGGUGGAGGCGGUUACUCUGGGGGUAAUGCCACAUCCCCGGAAACCACAAACGGCGAAGGCGGUUAUUCCUACCUGGACAUCGCCAGAACGAUUCCCAACCUCUCAGAGGUUUUGUCUGGGUAUAAUGUAGGUCCAGGUUACAUGCUGAUCAUACCAACGAUUCCCGGAUGUAAUUGCGACUACAGAUGUGUGGCUUUGGAUGCUAGAAAAUCCACAGUGGCUUGUAUAUGCCCCAAAAAUUGGAGGCUGGAUGAAGACAAGCAAACAUGCAUCCCACUGCCCAGUGUGGAUGAUUCUUACCCGACGUGGUUCGUCAUUGGCCUCAUAGCAACUAUAAUCUGUCUAUCGCUCGCAUUCGGGAUGGUGUGUUUCAUUCUCUACAACCGGUACCAACACAGGGCCACCGGCAUGCUGCGACGCAAGAUGCUUUCCGGAGCCGAUCUGCAACUCGACAGACUCCGGAUGACCUCGGACAGCAUGAUGACGGAGUACAAUCCCAACUACGAGUUCGGCGGAGUGGUGUACACUCUGAAGGAUCUCAAGGAUAUACCGAGGGAUCAAUUGAGAUUAGUCAAGGCACUUGGUCAAGGAGCUUUCGGAGAAGUCUACCAAGGCUUCUACAGGCAGAGACCGUGCGAUACCGUCGAAAUGCCGGUUGCAGUGAAAACUCUACCGGAAAUGUCGACCUCCCAAGCGGAAAUGGACUUUCUCAUGGAGGCCCUGAUUAUGUCGAAAUUUAACCACCCGAAUAUCGUCCAUUUCAUCGGCGUUUGCUUCGAUAAGCAUCCUAGAUUCAUCGUCUUGGAGCUCCUAAUUGGUGGGGAUUUGAAAAACUUUUUAAGGGAGUCUAGACCUAAACCAGAAAGAGGUACUUCUUUGACGAUGAAAGACUUGGUGCUUAUAGCUGUAGAUGUUGCCAAAGGUUGCAAAUACUUGGAGGAUAACAGAUUCAUACACAGAGACAUAGCGGCCAGAAAUUGCUUGCUUACCACCAAAGGUCCCGGAAGGGUGGUGAAGAUAGCCGACUUCGGCAUGUCCAGAGACGUCUACAGGUCGGAUUAUUAUCGCAAAGGCGGCAAAGCGAUGUUGCCGAUAAAGUGGAUGCCGCCUGAGGCCUUUUUGGACGGGAUAUUCACCAGCAAAACAGACGUUUGGUCUUUUGGAGUUCUUCUAUGGGAGAUUAUGUCCAUGGGCUACAUGCCUUACACGGGCUGCGCCAAUCGGGAAGUGAUGCAACUGGUGACGAGCGGGGGUAGACUGGACCCCCCCACGAACUGCCCAGGACCCAUAUACGGCAUCAUGACGCAGUGCUGGCACCCAGCCCCCGAACAAAGACCAACGUUCUCCACCAUAUUGGAGAGGCUGGGGUACUGCGUGCAAGAUACGCAUGUCAUGACGGCGCCGUUGCCGGUUUUCCACAGGCCUCCUUCGAACGAGAGGGAUACGACGGUUAUGAGACCUGCCAGCUCUGACGAAAACUGUUUACAGGUGGUCCCUUCCUCAUCUGAUUACUUAAUACCGAACCACACCACCCCACCGGGUAACCAAAUUGAGUCAACAUCUUCGGUAGAAAAAUUGCUACCGGACAAUUUAGACAAUUGGGAAACGUCGUUUAUCAUGCCUCACUCUAGAUCAACCCAACCAUUACUAAUGGAUACUGCGAAAGACGAUGAAACGGCCACCUCUGUGGAUAAGCUUCUUACCAUUGACAAUACAACAAACCCUAGAGUGUCACCAAUAUCACCUUCAAAUCAUAUAAUGGGUAACCAUAACAACAACGUCAAAAACGAGAAUAAUGCUUUGAAAUCUGGAAUUUCAUUGGACGCCAGCGCAUUGGUCAAGCAAUCCAUGACACCAACUCAAUAUGCCAAUGUGACUGCAGGAAAAAAUGUAGGAAAUGGUGUCAUUUUGAACGGACCAGUGCAAGAACGAACUCAAAAUUUCUAACCCACCAUAAGAAUUAACUUAAUUGCAAGGUUGUGAUUAAAUAUGAAAUAUUUUGUUUUGGAAUUUACCUAAAGGAAUUUUAAAAACAUUUUUUUAUAUAUAAUAAUAUUCAUAUACAUCUGUGGUUAAGAACUACUAAAAG